AUGAACAGUGUUUCGUUUGACGAUUUAUGGGACGAAAAGCUAUAUUCACUUAUUCUUCAUACCAAUAGGGCAAAAAAGGUUAUUAUGUAUGAAGACUCAAAGAAAGUCUCUGAUGAUCUAUCUUCUGACAUAUAUAUCACGUUAAUUAUCAAGUCAAUAUUUCCUGAGAAAGAACGUACUCCUGCAAACACAUUAUGGGUGCAGUCAGUAUUAGAAACAAUUUUUGACGAAAAAUACAAAUCUCCAAAAAUUAAAAACGAAGCAGUCGAUUCUUGGAUCUAUAUGUUAACUGAUCCUGAUGGAGUAAGUAUAGAAACGAAGUAA